GGUGUCGCUGUGCGGCGGAUGUCCGGUCUCGGUGGUGUCGCUGUGCAGACAGUUCCGGGUGAUCACACGUGUUGUGUGGAGAAAAUGUCGGAGGAGAAGGAAUCGGUGGGGCCCCUCUUGUCCCUGAACCCCAAAUUACAGGGAGCGUUUCAGGAGAGAGUGAGGAAUAUCCGGAAGAAGAACCAGAAGACUGAGACACUCACCCCCGGCAUAAUCUACAUCGGACACAUCCCCCGCCUGCUGUUUGAGCCUCAGCUGAAGGAAUAUUUCAGCCAGUUCGGGACGGUCACUCGGCUCCGCCUCUCCAGGAGUAAGAAGACCGGGAACCAUAAAGGAUACGCCUACAUCGAGUUCGAAUGUGAGGAGGUGGCCAAGAUCGUGGCGGAUACCAUGAACAACUAUCUGUUCUGUGAGCGGCUCCUGAAAUGUGAAUUUGUACCCCUGGAGAAAGUUAACCCAAAACUGUUUAUUGGAUGCAACUCCAAAUUCAAGAAACCGUGUCAGCCGGCGGUGGGACGCUACAACAUGGAACGCAACGAGAAGCAGCAGCGGAAGAUGAUGAGUAGGAUGCUGGAGAAGGAAAGGAAACUGAGGAAGCGGCUGGCGGAGAAAGGAAUAGACUACGACUUCCCGGGAUUUGCCGCCGAGAUGAAGAAAUCCAAGACGCUCUCUGAUGAUGCCGAUGAUACAUUCAACAGUGAGGCCCCAACCCCAGUGUGUACACCCAACAUCUUGGAAAGAAGGAAGUCCGCCCGUCUGGGGGCCCCCGAGGAGGAUAGCGAUGAUGAUGAUGACGACGACGAGAUCGUUCUGAAAUUACCAGAAGAUAAAACGCCGGCAAAGAAGAAAUCAAAGCCCAGCAAGUCCACCCCUCUGAAAACCCCCGAGGACAGCGAUGAUGACGAGCUCGUCAUAAAUUUACCAGAAGAUAAAAUGCCACUGAAGAGGAAAUCAAGGCCCAGCAAGUCCACCCCUCUGAAAACCCCCGAGGACAGCGAUGAUGAUGAGCUCGUCAUACAUUUACCAGAAGAUAAAAUGCCACCAAAGAGGAAAUCAAAGUCCACCCCUCUGAAAACCCCCAAGAACAGUGAUGACAAGAUCGCCGCGAAGUUACCGGAAGUGAAAUCAUCUGCAAAGAAGAAAUCAAAGCCCGGCAAGUCCGUUCCUCUGGAAACCCCCAAAGACAGCGAUGAGGAGAUCGCUGUGAAGUUACCGGAAGUGACAACGUCUGCAAAGAAGAUAUCAAAGCCCGGCAAGCCCACCCCUCCGGAAACCAUCAUGGACAGCGAUGAGGAGAUCGCUGUGAAGUUACCGGAAGUGAAAACGUCUGCAAAGAAGAUAUCAAAGCCCAGCAAGCCCACCCCUCCGGAGACCAUCAUGGACAGCGAAGAUGAGAUUGUCCUGAAUGUACCGCAAGCUAAAACUCCAUCAAAGAAGAGAUCAAAGCCCGGCAAGUCCACCCCUCUUCCAACCCCCAAGAAAGGCGAUGACGAGAUCGCCGUGAAUUUACCGAAAUCGUCUGCAAAGAAGAAAUCCAAUCUCAACAAGUCCGUCCCUCCAGAAACCCCCAAAGACAGCGAUGAGGAGGCCGAAGUGAAGUUACUGGAAGUGAAAACGACGUCGAAGAAGAAACCAAAGCUCACCAAAUCAGAAAAUAGAAUGAAGAUCAAAAAACUGAAAUUGCAGACCAAUUAGAUGUGAGAACAGGACUGCGAGAGCUGCAAAUUGUGGAGAGCGGUCGGGGGCACCCGGGGAGCCAAUCAGCUUCUGGUACCUUAAUGGCUGCUCUGGACUCUGCUCCUGUUUUGUAGUCCUAUACAGGACCACGGCAGCCAGCGUUAUGUCAUCUGUCUGUGCCGAUUGGUCGCUCCGCCCAGGAGGUUCAUUUGCUGUUCAGGACCUAUAGUGUAUUUUCUAAAGAAAAAAAAGUCUAAUAUCUGUGUGACAGAAGAUUAUCCAGACUCCUCUCUGUCAUGUUAUCCGUCACACGAGUCUGUAAGGUGUACAGAGAUAUUUUAUAAUAAACCAAAAUCAUUUGACUUCCAGA